AUGUCCAAGAAACUGACUCAUGAUGACUACACGAUGGGAUGGAUCUGCCCGUUGGAGGUGGAGCAGGUUGCUGCAUUGGAGAUGCUGGAUGAGGAGCACGAGCGUCUGCCACAACCUCCGACUGAUCACAACGUCUACAGUCUCGGCAGCAUCGCCAGCCAUAAUAUCGUAAUCGCAGGGCUCCAUCAACCAGGCAACAACCCCGCGGCUACGGUCGUUACUCAGAUGCGGAUGACAUUUCCAAACCUGAGACUCGGCUUGUUAGUCGGUAUCGGCGGUGGCGUUCCUGUCAAGACUGAUUGCGGAAUGAUACGGCUAGGCGAUGUCGUGGUUAGCAAGCCAGUAGGCAAGCAUUCUGGAGCAGUGCAAUAUGACCACGGAAAAGCCAAAGUCGGCCAGUUCGAACGCACCGGAGCUCUUGCCCCGCCGCCUGCGGUGCUACUCAACGCAGCUCAAGAUCUUGCAGCAAGGCGAGCUAGGUCGAGCAAGGAUCCCCUCAAAGAGAAUAUCAAGAAAAUCGACACGAGUAUUCGAGGACUCCAAAAGUACAAAUAUCCAGGUGCAGAAUAUGAUUAUCUCUAUCCAUCAGACUAUAUACACGAAAAGCCUGGAGUGUCUUGUGCGGAAUGUGGAUGCGAUCCUUCGAAGAGGAUCCAGCGAAUGACCGACGACAACGAUAAUGAACCGUAUAUCGUCGUCCAUAGAGGAACAAUCGCAUCUGGGGAGCUAGUGGUCAAGAGUGCUAUGCUGAGAGACUCGUUAGCAAAGGAAGAUGGAGUCCUGUGCUUUGAGAUGGAGGCAGCUGGCGCCCUCGCCGAUUUCCCUUGCAUUGUCAUCCGCGGUAUUUCAGACUACUGCGACUCACAUAAGAAUGACCAAUGGCACGGAUAUGCGGCGAUGGUAGCGGCAGCAUAUGCCAGGCAGCUUUUCUUCCAUAUGCCGGUCGACGAAGUAAAGCGCUAUAUCUCUGAAACUGCGGAGACGGACAUCCAUUAUGUGAAACUUCGGUCUGACAACCAAGGCCGUCAGGACAUCCUGCAUUGGCUCACGCCAGUUGACUACGGGUCCCAGCAGAGCGAUUAUCUCAAAAUGCGGCAACCAGGAACUGGCCAGUGGCUCUUAGAUUCAGCAGAGUACCAAGUAUGGCUGAAGACCAAUAAUCAGACGCUAUUCUGUCCAGGCAUUCCAGGGGCGGGAAAGACAAUCAUUUCAGCUGUCGUUGUAGAUGACCUCGCUACCCGGUUUUCUAGUGACCCAACCGUCAGCAUAGCGUACAUCUACUUCAACUUCCGGCAGCAACAGAAGGUCGACGACUUGAUGGCGAGUCUGCUGAAACAGCUAGCUCAGGGCCAGACCUCCCUACCAGGGAGCCUCGAAGCUCUUUAUGCUCAGCAUAAGACAAAGCGAACGCGACCAUCACUUGAUGAGAUCUUGGGAGGUCUCCACACUGUAGCGACAAUGUAUUCGAGGGUUUUUAUUGUCGCCGACGCACUUGAUGAAUGCCAAGUAUCCGAUGAUAGCCGGACAAGAUUUCUAUCAGAGCUUUUUAACCUUCAGACACAGCACGUAGUGAACAUUUUUGCAACGUCGAGGUUCAUUCCACAGAUCAUUGAUCAGUUCAACGGUAGCAUGUCAUUAGAGAUCCGUGCCCAUGAUGAAGAUGUGCGACAAUAUCUACAGGGUCGUAUCACACAAUCAGAAUCAAAGUUUUUAAAAACCUACUGUGAAGAAAUCAAAAACGAGAUUACAAAAGUAAUUAAUGGAAUGUUUCUCUUAGCACAGCUUCAUUUUGACUCGAUAAAAACAAAGAAAACACCAAAGAAAGUCAAAAAUGCUUUGGAAACCCUUCCAACGGGUGUCACAGCAUACAGCUACGCAUAUAAGGACGCCAUGGAACGAAUCAAGGCACAAGAUACAGAUUCUCGGGAGCUUGCAGAGCAUGUCCUAUCGUGGAUCAUCCAUGCUAAAAGGCCACUUAUUAUAGCUGAGCUUCAGCACGCGCUUGCUGUAGAAGUUUGCGAGCCCGAAUUUGACAAGGAGAACCUCCCACAAAUUGAAGACAUGGUCUCUGUGUGUGCUGGAUUAGUCACAGUCGAUAAGGACAGCAAAAUCUUUAGGUUAGUACACUAUACUGCACAGGAAUACUUUGAGCGGACAUGGUCUUCGUGGUUCCCUAACGCGCAAACUGAUAUAACGAAAAUUUGCAUCACUUAUCUGUCAUUCAAUAUUUUUAAUAAGGGCUUUUGUUCGUCGAACGAAGGGUUCUACGAGCGACUACGGACGAAUGUGCUUUAUGACUAUGCUGCGCGAAAUUGGGGACACCAUGCUUAUACAGCCUCUCCAGAGGCUAAUGAGUUGAUUUUAAGUUUUCUUCAGAAUGAAGCCAAGGUAUCCAGCGCCCAUCAGGCGAUGAUGGUUAAUAGAAACAAUCAACACAUGCCAAGGGAGAUGCCAAGGGAGGUAACGGGGCUACACCUUGCGGCAUUGUUUGGAUUAACGAACACAAUACAGGCCUUGCUUGAGGAUGGGCAUGAUCCAGAUGCUAAGGAUACGGGCGGACGAACACCACUGUUGUAUGCGGCCAGGAGCGGGCAUGAGGAGGUUGUACAGCUGCUGCUCAAUGGCGGCGCUGACAUCAACGCGAAAGGGCAGGGACCCGGUCGCGACGGCGGCAACCACUACUAUUCCUACUACGACCAGACGGCACUGAUGUAUGCGGCUAGGAACGGACACACGGUUGUGGUGCGGCUGCUGCUGGAGAAAGGCGCUGACAUCAACGCGAAGGGCAGUGGUGACCGCAAUGGUGAUGACGAUCACUAUGGUCAGACGGCGCUGAUAUAUGCCAUUAGUAAUGGGCACGAGGCAGUAGUGCAGCUGCUGCUCAGUAGAGGUGCUAAUGUCAACGCCGAGGAGGGGUGCCACGAUGGUGAUUCCGUCUACUUCACCGAGUACGAAGGUCGGACGGCGUUGAUGUGUGCGGUUAGGAAUGGGAACGAGGCGAUGGUGCGGCUGCUACUCGAGUACGGCGCGAGGGUCAACACGGGGGAGCACGGAGGCUCCAACGGCUACGGCUGCUACGACAACGAACACCCCACGUACUACAAUCGGACCGCGCUGAUGUAUGCGGCUAGGAAUGGACACGAGGCUAUCGUCAGACUACUGCUCGAGGCCGGCGCUGAUGUCAACGCGGAGGAGGAUGGGAGCCGCUACGCCGCUGGUCGCAACUAUGAGGACCAACACCCUAACUACAAUGGUAAGACGGCGCUAAUGUAUGCGGCUAUAAAUGGGCACGAGGCGGUGGUGCGGCUGCUGCUCAGUAGUGGCGCUGAUAUCAACGCCAAGGAGAAAGGCCACGACUGCUAUGGCGGCGGCGACGACGCCUAUGAGUACGACGGUCGGACGGCGCUGAUAUAUGCGGCCAGUAAAGGGCACACAGCGGUGGUGCAACUGCUGAUCGAGAGCGGCGCCGACGUCAACGCGGAGGAGACGGGCGGCUAUGACUUCUACGACUACAACAUCAACGACGACAAAGGCAACGACUACGGUCGGACGGCGCUGACGUAUGCGGCUAUGAAGGGGCGCGAGGCUGUCGUCAGGCUGCUGCUCGCGAAAGAUGGAGUCUAUGUGCACUCCAAGGAUUCUACUGGCCAGACGCCGCUGUCGUAUGCUGAAAAAAGGGGUCACGAGGCAGUGGCAAGCCUGCUGCUGGGGAAAGGCGCUGAGAAAGCACAAUCAUAA